GGGGAGAGAGAGAGAGAGAGAGAGAGUCAGAUAAUAGGAUUGAGGGAGCGAGAGAGAGGAGGAGAGAGAAACAGAAAGGACAGAGUGAGAGACAGAGUCGGGGUACACCUGACCUAAGAAGGGAGGUAGCUCCCUCUGCUAGCCACACACUCACGACGUUUGCACAGACACCACGACACACACACACAGACACACACACUCGCGCACACACACACACACACACACACACACACACACACACACACACACACACACAGUGCUAACAGGCAGAGGCAGUGAGCCAGCCAGCAGAGAGCCUGUCGACCAGCAGCCAUGACAGACACCGACUCUCUGAGCGAAGCACUGAAGGCCAUCAGUGUGAGUACGGAGCUCAUUGAAGAGGAGCUCAAGCCUCAUUUGGACACAGUGCUGGCUGCUCUUUUAGAAAAGAAGAAGGAUGCUGCUGUUGAGAUCACCAGAAGUGGGAUUCUACCGACCCUGGCUCAGGCCUUACGGAGCAAAAGCAGCCUGAGCUGCCAGGUGGCUCUGGUGGUGGCAGAGAUGGCAAGAGAAGCUGCAGUCAGGGAGCCGUGCAUUGAGGCAGACCUGGUGAAGGUGCUGGUUCCCCAUCUGAACUGCAAUAACCAGGAGAUGCUGCUGAACACCGGCAGGGCCAUUGGACGCAUCUGCUUUGACAACUCAUACCAACAGGACCAGUUAGUCCAGAGUGGAGUGAUCCCCAGACUGGUGUCCAUAAUAAGGGAGUAUCCAGAGAACGACCCUCUGGUCAACGUCUGCCUGCUGGCUCUCUGUAACCUCGCUGACAUGGACUCUGCGCGGGAUGCCCUGGCAGAGCUGGAUGUGGCAGCUGUACUGACCUUUCAGCUGAAACGGGCGCCUGAUGCCGAACGCCGACAUGUCAUUCUGGAAAUACUGGGCUCACUGGGCGAGAGCGAUACACUGAAGCUGCAGUUUGCAGAGUCAGGAGUACCAGAGGCUUUAUCAGAGAUGAUUCAGGGUUUGCAGGGAGGUUCUGACCCCCACGACCUCUGCAGCAUCAAGAUCGCCUCCAACCUCAUAGUGUCCCUGCUUUUAGGAGAUGAGUCUAUGCAGAAGUGUUUUGGUGAGGGAUCAGGUCUGGUAUAUCAGGAUGUUCUGUCCUGGCUGCAGAGCUCAAACACCCAGCUUCAGCUGUCCGGAGCGCUGGCCAUCGCCAACUUCGCCAGAAACGACAGUAACUGUGUGAAGAUGCUGGACCUCGGUGUGGUUCCUCACAUCCUCACCCUGUUGGAGCAGCAUGUCAACGAAGGAGACGUGUCUGUUCAACAUGCUGGACUGAGCGCGCUCAGAAACCUGGCCAUUCCUGGUACUGAUCAAAGCAAAACAGUAGACAUAUCCACCAACAAAGUGCGGAUGCUGGAGGACGGGGUGACUGAGAGGAUAAAGACCCUGCUGCGCUCUGACAUGCCGCCAGUUCAGUUCAAACUGCUGGGUACACUCCGCAUGAUGGUGGAUGGACAAGAGGAGGCAGCUCUGGUGCUGGGGAGGGAUGCCGUGCUGCUGGCUCGGGUCAUGGAGUGGUGUGAAGCCAAAGACCACGCAGGAGUCCGAGGAGAAGCCAGUCGCCUCCUGGCUGCCCUCAUCAGACACAGCCGCAGCCCCGAAGUUGUCCAUGCUGUGGCCAAAGCAGAUGGAAUUCGGCACCUUAUCUCCAUGGCAACAAGUGAACAUGUCAUCAUGCAGAACGAGGCCUUGGUUGCCCUGGCGAUAGCGUCUGCCAUCGACAUUGAGUCGAUGAAGGACCCGUUUGGGGAGGCGGAGCUGUUGUCCAUGCUGAAAAAGAUGUUGGAGGAUCCUGUAGGGGCAGUCGAAGUCAAGUUCAGUGCUUUAGGUCUCAUCUGCAGCCUGGCUAACUCCAGUGUGAUGAAGGUGGAGUUGAACUCUGUGAAUAUGAAGGAAAGCCUCAGUAAACUUACGGUUCACAGCAGCAGUAAACUUGCCUCGCAGGCCAGCUCCAUACUGGCCACUCUCAGUGACACCAGCUAAACCAGCACGCUGCAGCAACCCAGGAUCUGAUCUGAUGUAUGGAUUCAUCCUGCUUAUUCAACGGCAUACUUUGAUUCAAAUGAUCUUACUGCACAGAUACUUCUAUAUACUGAAAUGGCUUCUCAAAAUGUCUCCUGUUGUGUGACAAUAAUUACUAAUUAAGGACAAGCAAAACCAAUCAUUUUCCAUUGCAAUCUACCAGGUUUAAAGAAAUACAAACAAGCAAGGGCGUGUUUUCCCGAUAUACGAGAAUGAGAAUGUGUGGAGCCAGAACUUUCUUUAGCACUGACAGUGCUGUGGAGAUGGGUCUGGCUAUGCGAGACUACGCACAACGUGAUUAGUUGAUGCCUUUAUACGCAGUGCAAAAGCUCAGAAAAAUCAACCUUGUUCUGAAAAAUAAAGACAUCGCUUUUUUGCCCCGAAA